AUGGUAUCAAACAUCUGGGUAGCUGCUGCCGACAACCAGCGCAAAAUUGUGGAAAAUUACAUAGAGUCAGGACAAUUUUCAGCCAACCUGAAGGAUCCCAAUGGCUAUACUCCCAUCCAUGCUGCUGCCUCGUAUGGCCAUAUCCAGUUGCUCGAGUACUUAGUCAAGGACAAGAACGGUGACGUAAAUAUCCAAGAUGCCGAAGGAGAUACACCUUUGCAUCACGUUGAGGAUUUGAAAACUGCAAAGUUUCUUGUAGAAACCUUGAAGGCAGACUACAAGUUGAAGAAUAAUGAUGGGUUGACAGCUGCUCAGUACAUUGAAGAAGACGACGAGUUUCCUGACGUUGCUGAGUACUUGAAACAUUUGAUACACGAUGAGCCCGAGGCUGCAACUGCUGAAGAAGAGCAAGCCAACGAAUUCUUGAGUUCUUUACCAAUCCCAGGAACCAUUGAUGGUCAUGAGAUCAGAUAUACCAUGGAAAACGAUACUGAUGGCGCUGGAAGUGAACAGAAGCUUACUGAUGCCGAGUUAGAAGAGAGAAGAAAGAAGAUCCAAGCCAUUUUGGAAAGCGAGAACCCAGAAGAAGCUUUGAGAGAUCUUGUGAAAAAUGCUGUUCAUGAGGGAAUGAGCCAGUUCAAGCAGCAGACAGAAGAGGAGCUUCCAUCUGCCAAGAAGAGAAAGGAUUAG